AGAGAGACAGUUCAACGUCACGUCUCAUGCCAGUAUAAUUUCGUAGCACUUGGAUUUUGACGUGUGACAGUAAAUUGCAACCGCACAGUUGCAGUUAGAUAGUGUUUCGAAAAUAAAGACAGUUGGUAAUGAAAAAGUUAUAAAAUGGCAGAAAGUAAAGGUGCGUUAAUAGCGAAAUCAGUGCAAAAACAUGCCGGACGGGCGAAGGAGAAGCUGCUCCAAAAUUUGGGCAAAGUGGAUCGGACCCUCGACGACAUCUUCGAAGAGCAUCUCCAGAACUUCAACCGUCAACAUCAACAGGCCACGAGGCUGCAGAAGGAAUUCAAUAAUUACAUACGAUGCAUACGAGCUGUGCAAACUGCAUCGAAGUCUCUGAUGGAGGCGAUCACGGAGGUGUACGAGAGCAGCUGGUCGGGUCACGACCUGCUGUACGUACAGGCACAGAAUAUGGAGAUGCUGUGGCAGGACUUCUCACACAAACUGGGCGACCAGGUCCUCAUACCGCUCAACACUUAUACCAACCAGUUCCCUGAAGUCAGGAAAAAGAUCGAGAAACGUGGCAGGAAGCUGGUGGACUACGACAGUCAGAGACACAGUUUCCAAAAUUUGCAAGCGAAUGCCGCCAAAAGACGCGACGACGUCAAGAUCACUCGUGGCCGCGAACAGCUAGAGGAGGCCAAGCGUACGUACGAGGUGCUGAACUCUGAGCUGCACGACGAGCUGCCCGCGUUGCACGACUCGCGGGUUCUGUUCUACGUCCACAAUCUACAGACGCUCUUCAGCGCUGAACAACUCUUCCACGCCGAGUCGUCCAAGGUGUUCGCCGAGUUGGAGGCGAUCACGGAUAAGUUGGCGACGGAGAGUCAGAGAGGAUCGUACAGGAGCCGACCCGCAGCUAACGGAGCACACGUCGUACAGACGCCCUCCCCAGCGUUGAACGGAGACUCGCCACCCGACUCCCCCGAAACCCCCAACACCCCCAAGACCUCCAACACCCCCAGCACUCCAAAGACCUCCAACACCCCCACGCCGGACGCGCCCGCCCGCCGCGAGCACUCGUCGCCCCCGGACUCACCGGCCAAAGCAGUCAACUCGGUCAAUUCCGUAAACCCCGUUAACUCUGUUAACUCCGUUAACGCCAACGUUAACGCGAACGAGGACAAGAAGGUCGAAGAACUAUAUGACAUACCCGUCGGGGCCGAGAACGAGAGCGUCAAUAAUAACGACGAGGAAAAGAGACAGAUAGACAAAGACGAAGAAAAGAUUACGGAGAAGAAAGAGACGGAUAUAGUUAAGACGGACGAAGUGUACGAUAUCCCUGUCGUGAGCGAGCCUGUAUUGAAGGCCCCCAAUGACCUUCCCCCCUCAGGAGCCACGCUGGCGCCGGGCGCGCUGUACCGCGUGAGGGCUACCUACAGGUACACCAGGGAGGACAGCGACGAACUGUCCUUCGACGUCGGAGACAUCAUACGAGUCGUGGAGUACGACGACCCUGACGAACAGGAGGAGGGCUGGCUGAUGGGCAUCAAGGAGUCCACCAACGAGAAGGGCAUGUUCCCCGCUAACUUCACCAGGCCGAUAUGAAUGUAAUGACCACAUACUGGCCUCCGACCGUCGUUAAUACACAUGUCUCUCUCUUUCACAAAGAAAAAGAAAGAGACAACGUCAUCAUUAACGCGGUCUCGGGUACUGUAUACAUAUGAGCCCGACUCGAUAGGGCCGCGCGCAAAGUGUUGCGAUCGCGCAUAAUCGUAACGUCAAACGGAAUACUGAACGCGAUGUUAUCCUCGACUCGUAACACUUUGCGCUCUGUUUAUAUUAGCGUUAGUUGUUGAGAGUUACUAGAUAUAUAUUAUUUAUUAUCUGUAUUACAACGAAUUUUAUUUUUAAUAUUCUCAUAUCGCAAUACACAAACGUCAAGCAGACGUCAAUCCAACGUUUUGAUUUUACAUAUCCGAUUAAUGAGUUUUCGACUUUUUAAUUGUUAAUGUUUUUUCGAGAAUUUUUAUUGUAAAAAUAAUCAUAGUGUAAAUUUUGCUCAGUAAUGUUUUAAAUGAAAGUGACCUUAUUACCUUACAUUAUCUGUGGACGAUGUGUAACAGAUUACACGUUACUUCCGGUUAGGGAUUAUACUUAGAGAUUAAUUAUCGUAUUUAUACAAAAUAAUAACGCUAUAUAACACUUAUCGAUGUUUUUACUGUCAUCUCUAUAAGCAUAUGUAAUUGUUGCAUUUUCUUCUUCAAUAUGAACAUGGUGUGCAUUUGAUGUGUUUGACUGUUUUAUAUAAUUUAUAAUACUUUAAUGAAAUAUAUAAUAUUAAUUGAUACAUCACGAUUCGUUUUAAAUCAUUUCUCUAAACCAUUGCCGUUCACCGUUCGGAUAGUCUUAGUGUAUAUAUAAUUAUUGAACAUAGAUUCGUUGACCCCUAAUAUUGUUAAAGAGUAUUAUUUAACGUAGCCAUAAACGAAGGUAUUUAAUGAUCUUGCUUUGUAGACAUCUUUCUACACGUCUUUAACCCGAGCGUGAACCGGUCAUAACUUCGUUUUCUAUUCGACGUCUCGAAUGUGUCAAAAAUGGUGCUUUGGAUUUAUAAAUAUAAUCUGUUCACGUUUAGUAAUAAGAGAAAUAAAAACUUAACAAAUUUUACAUCAUCCGUAAAUUUUUAUUAUUUACAUUGUAACUGAUCUAAAGAAAUUCAAAGCGAUGGAGUCAAAAGCCAUUGUUUGAUGGAUUCAAGUCGGCCAACACUAGGUUUCUAUUAAAUAUAUGACGAUUCUAACUUGGCUUUUGUCCUCAACAGUGCCAUGAAAAGGUCCAUAAUAGGUGAUAAUUUAUAAGUUUGUUAAGAUUUGUACAGUUUUUACAACUGCAAAUAAAAUGUUUCUCCCUA